AUGGCCGGACAGCUAAAUAAUCCGGUUGGCGUUGUUGACGCUAUUUUGGCAAGCGAAGAGCUUCGGAAUGGCCUGUUUCGUGCUGUAUCAUCUUCAGAGCGAUCUGUACAACAACGUAGGCGAAACGAAACAGUGGAAGAAGAAGUUAGCGCUGUUUUUCGUGGUAAUUCAACUGGCACCCCCGUAUCGACUGUGUCGUCUGUAUCGAACACGCCAGUAUCGAACACGCCACUGUUAACUUCUCCUGCAAACCGUUUUAACUUUGGUGAAACAAGUCGAAGUCAGAGCUACCCAAUCUUUCAAAUGCGGCGAAAUUAUUCGUCACAAGCACCAAAGAGGUAAUGAUAUUAAUAUAUGAUGCUGAAUUUAUUAAUUUUUAUUUAGUCGGUUGAAUAUAUUAAUAAUUAAUUAUACAGGGUGUAUAAAAAAGUCAAUUUUUUGUGCUUAAUAACUUUUGGACUACUUCUUAUAAUAAAACGGUUUUAGGCUUAUUUUAAAGCCUAUUCAUUUCUCUUUUGAAAGAAUGCUCAUCAGUAUCUUUAUUACAAGUAUUAACUGCACAGGAUAAAACUUAUUAAGACCAUAGUCGGUUGCAAUCUUUGAAUUUUCUUGUUCAAACUUCAAUGUUCUUGUUGCCAUAUCAGAAAAACUAUAGUGACUAGGUUGUUUAUUUAUUUCAAAAUCCUAAACCAAUUCCAAAAAUCAUCGAAACGAUCUGACUUAAUCUUAUGGAGCGCCAUUUAAUCGGGCAGUAUAAAUGUAAACACAAGCAAGAAAUUUACAUUUUAAUUAACCAAGGACUCGGGUUUUUAAAUACACCUUGUACAAUAGAAUAACCACAAUGUGGAAUGUUGGUUUAGUGGUGGUAUAUAUUUGAUCACCAUUUGGUUCAAAACUUUUACAGACGCAAAACAUCAGGCAAAAAGUCAAAGACUGUCCAAGGGACCUUUACAAAAGAAAUUAUAUUAUUACCAUCCCCAGGGGAUAAAGUAGUGGUGAAACAGGGCGUGAAGCAGAUGCUGUACGAAAAAGGGCAUAUUCUCAAUGCUGUUGAGAUAGAUAAGGGAUGGAGUGCAGAAGAUGUGUUGGGGCACAUUAAAAGCUGUUUUGGAACCAAGAUUCCAGAAGGAACUGGGUAUGAAUAUAUAAUGUCUAUUGUAUAUUUAAUAUAGAAUACAAUAAAAGGUGAAUGCUAGAUCAGUAUAUUUCUAUCAGUUAGGAUGUGGGUGUGAUAUAGGAUUCCAGGGGGUGUGGUAUAUAAUUGGUGGUGGUGCAUAGCCAGGGGAUCAGAUAAAAUCAAUUUUGAAUGUAAGUCAAGGCUUCAUUUUUGUUCUCAAAUGAAUUUGGCGAUAAAUUGCUUCAUGGGAUAAAAAAGAGACAAGGUUAAUUUAAGCUUUAUAAAUUGAGAUCAUCGGAGGAAGGAAAUAUUUGAUUUACAGUACAAAACAUUAAUGAAAAAUGUUUAAAAAUCAGUCCAGUCCAACUGUCCAGUCUGUUAUAUUUUGGUUUUAGAAGCCAAUAUCAAUUACAAUUGAAAAGUAUAUUUUAUUAAAUCUCAUGAGAUAAAACAAUGUCAGUUACAGAGAGAACCGGAGACAUGAGCCCACAAUACUGAUCAAUAAUUAAAAUAUGCUACAUAUGCUAAUUUUAAUCAUUACACAGUCCAUGUUUUCUCCAUGAUAAUAAAUUGUAUAUGCUGUACUUAUAUAAUUGCUCUAGUAGUUGGCUAAUAAUUCCUAAAUUAUUUAUGCAGGCUUGAUAUCCUAAUGGGUUGCGGAAACAAAUUGGUCAGUCCAGCAUUGUCGUCUGGACAAACAUUGACUGGGUAUAUGAUAAAUAAAAUAUUUGGAACAAAGGCUGUUUAUUUGAGACCAGACGUUGGACUAUUUAAUGUCAAGGUACCGCUAUUUUUUCUGUCUUUAUAUCUCAGUAUACACAAUUAUCAUUUAUUUAUUCACUUUCUCAAGAUUGUAUUUGGUCAUUUUUUAUCGCAAUGAAUGCCAAUGAUGCCAUAAAAGUGUCAAUGGACAACUAAAAGCCUGAUCAAUCUUUAUAACUUUAAAAACAGAUAAAGUAACCUAUUGAUUUAAAUAAUGCGGGAUAACAUGUCAAUGUUGGAUUGCCUAUUUUUAUACACCCUGUAUUAGGAGAAGAACCUGUGUACAAUAAUAGUUUUGUUUGUGGAAACACCACGUAAAUUUAUUACUGCAAAGCUUUCGAUCCGUAAGCCGUAUCUUCAUCAGUGCUAAUAAUAUCAUAUUAUUAGCACUGAUGAAGAUCCGGGCUUACGGAUCAAAAGCUUUGCAGUAAUAAAUUUACGUGGUGUUUCCACAAACAAAACUAUUAUAUUUUAUCACCAUGCAAACAUCAGGGCCGGAUUAAUGUUCCGCGGGGCCCAUGGCAUAUUAUCAGCACGGGGCCCCUUGACCCCCCCCCCAACGGCAUUUUAGACACUGAAUUCAAUCAAAUUUAAAAAUAUUCUGUUGCAUUUCAUGCGUUGAAAAAUUUCGUUUUGUAUUUAGAAAAGAAAAAAAUAAUUAUACAUCAAUAAUUUGAUUGAAUCCGAAAUUCACCCAGUUUAUACCAUUAACAUUAUUAUUAUUUACAGAUGAUAGUGUCCAUGUAAACUUCCGCCGUUUUCCACAAAAUUCAGCAAUCUAGUAUUUAACAGUUUACUGCAAAUUUUAAAAUUUUCUGACCCCUAUGAUUUUUUUUGGCCUCGCUUUUUGGAGCCUGUUGCCCAAAGAAGUAACAAAAAAAAUUGUUUGUGGCUCUGCUUUUGGAGCUUUUUGGAGCCUGUUGCCCAAAGAAGUAACAAAAAAAAUUGUUUGCGGCUCUGCUUUUGGAGCUUUUUGGAGCCUGUUGCCCAAGGAAGUAACAAAAAAAAUUGUUUGCGGCUCUGCUUUUGGAGCCUCGUUUAAAACUUUGGGGCUUCGCUUUUUUUAAUUUUUUGGGGCUUCGUUUUUGGGGGCCUUGGACUCUUGGGACCCCGCGCUGAAACAGAGAAAAAAAAAAAACGUUUGGGGCCCCGCUCUUUCGGGUCUAGAUUUUUAAAUUUUGAGGUCUGAAGUCUUUCUGGGCUCUUGGCGGCUACGCGCUGACACAAAGAAGAAGGCCAUGGACUCUUUGGGGCCCCGCGCUGUUUGGAUCCCGCGCUGAAACAGGGAAAAAACCGGUUUGGGGCUGCUCUCUUUGGUGUCUAGAUUUUUAAAUUUUGAGGUCUGACAUCUUUCUAGGGACCUUGGGGUCUUUGGGGCUCCCACUGGCGCACUAUUUGCAUGAGCCCCGCGCUGAAACAGGAAACAAAAAACUCGGAAUAAAAUGGAAGAGAGUGAGCGCAGGACCCCCAAAAGCGCGGGCCCGCGGCAUAUGCCGCUUCUGCCAUAUGGUUAAUCCGGCACUGGCAAACAUACAAAGAACUUAACCUGUGUACAGUUGUGUAUUAACUUUAUUGUUUCUGUUAUGCUUCUGCUAGUAUAGCCUGAACUAUGUAAUGAAAUGUUAUAUUAAGGUUGAGUCAAGUGAUGAUGAGUAUUCUGAUAAUGAAAUACCAUUACCUACAUCAAGAUAUAGUGAGCAGAAUAUCAGUGAAUCUCCUAACCCAGAGCAUAUUGAUCAACAACUAAACACACCAAUUGCUGAUUUAAGCAAAUCAAAUGGGUAUGUGUUGUUACUAAUUAAUCGAUGUUAUUUUGGUGUGAUUACUGUGAUAUGGGCAGUUUCUGGAAUAAAUGAAUUAAAGUUUGAAUUAUCUGCAUUGCCAAAUUAUAUAUAUGUACUGCAUGUUCCAUGAAAUUUGAGGAGUGCAUGUUUACCCAACAUUGAUGUACAUGUUCUAUUUCAUGUACGUCAUUGUACCCAUAGUUGUUAUUAAAUAUGUGGUAAUGUAGAUUUCUGGUAAUUCUAUUAGUUUUUAAUUUUUUAGAAGGGAGGCAGUUUAUGCUUCGUAUGUAAGUUUGUUAGAUGACAGUGACGAUCAUGAUAUGUUAUAUCAGCAAGAAGAAGCAUAUUUCAACAAUGCAAUAGAAGCCUCUCUUCGGGAAAGCCAAGUGGAGAGGUUAGUGGCUUGAUGUAACCAUUACUAUUUGACAGAUAAGAGUACUAAGCUUUUGUCUGUACAUGGACAAUGUACCUGGACUAGGAAUUUUAAAUAAGAGCGAUGACUGGUACUGGUACAGUAUAUGCCGAAAUAGCUAUACCAAUUUAUGGCCUGUUAAUUAGAGAGGAAAAUUCCUUAAUGGAUAUUUAGAGGGCAUUUCGAUUUUGAACUGAUUUGGACAUACUGUCAACGAUAAUUUAGAAGCUUUUUUGAAGGAAUUUCUAAUUCCAUGCAGACAGUUUAAAAUUCACUAGCAUACUCGAACAGGCCUCGAAUUUAGCAGCGGCCACUGGCUGUCGAUACCUUGUUUGUUGGCCGAUAUGCCCUCGAAAUAUACUGAAAUCCACGACCAUGCAGUAGUGGCCUGCCCUCAACCACAUAGUGCAGUAUAUACUUAAGCUUUAGAAUACCAAGUGUAUGAUUUAUAAAAUUGGCAAUAAUCACUUAUGCACUGUACAAUUUUAUUAGUUAUAGUUUAAGUCAAGAGGCAAUUUUUUUCAGCGAUGCAAAGUGUUCAGAACGUAUUAAUUUAUCUUUUUGGCAUUCCUCUCAAAAUUACUUUAUUUUAGCUUUAUUCUCUAGUUUAUAGAGUUAGCAAACUUUUUAGAUGCAUCUGCCGGUUGAGAAAAAUAAAAUAAUAGUUAAAAAUUGUCAAUUAAAAAAAUACAAUUAUCAAUGAUGCUUUAUUUACAGCCAUAUAAGAAAACUUACUGAACUUCAGACAUCAUUUUCUCUUUGGCGUAUCAUCUAAAAUCUCUUCAUUUUAGCAUUAUUUCACAGAUAAAGCACUAAACGUACUUUUUAAGUUUGUUUGGCGCUUGAAGAACGUAUAGAAAAAUAAAAAUUUUGAAUUUAGUCAUAACCCCAAGUGGUAUAUUAUACGCAUUAGUUUUGAGUGAGUAUUAUUCAACAUACAAAAAAACUCCUCUUAAUAGGUAGUUACGAUAUAUGUAAAUAUGAUAUGAAUAGUUUCAUUUGGCAUUUUUAAAAAUAUUGUUGCUGUUCUGUAUAUAUUUUUGUUUUCUCAUGGAAGCUCAAACGUUAUUUGAAACUUCAAAAUAGCAGUGAAUAAAAUUUUCAAUCUGGCCUUGAUGCCCUGUAUACUGGCCUUGAUGCCCUGAAAAACUUAGUAACAUUCAAGGCCAAACUGGCCUUGCCUUUAUUUUUCCCAAAUUCGAGGCCUGCUCGAACAACUUUAAAUACUGAAAAAAAUAUUACUUUUUUAUCAGACCUGAUAAAAGUAUGGUGGAUUUGUUAAAAGAGCACCAGCAAAGAUGUAUUUUACGUGAUGAGUGGAAUCAAAUUAUUGUUUGUAGAGCAAAGCUUUUACCAACAGCGUUCACUGCGAUAAAGUCAGCAAAUUUUAAUUGCUGUAAAGACCUCAAAGUGAAAUUUAGUGGCGAAGAUGGCGCCGAUUCAGGCGGACCCCGCCGAGAAUUCUUUAGGUAAUUUAAAUUGAAUUAAAUUGAAAAACUGCGGUGCAUUAUGUUCUUGUGCAUUGUAUAUUUGAGACAGUAUGCAUGCGGUUAACCAAGUGACUUAUGAGUUAUGUUUAUCAUUUAAUAUAGAAUUGUCAUGCGACAAUUACCGGCAACGAUGACCCUAUUUCAAGGACGACUUGGCCAUACUAUUUUCACCCACAACAUACAGGCAUUGGAGGAAAACAGGUUCUUCCUGGCAGGUCGCCUUGUCGGUAUGUCUAUUACCCAUGGGGGACCCGGUUUAUGCUGCUUGGAUCCGCUGCUGUUUAAAUUAAUGUGUGGUGCACCAUGUGACGUAUCCUUGUUUUGUAUUAAUGAAAUAGGAGACUGGGAUUUCGUUGAUAUUAUGGAGAAGGUACUGUAUCUGUGAUUAUAUUCCACCCAGUAGUAAUCCAAUGACGUCAAAUAUUUCACAGUUAUUCUGCGAACUAGCUCGUGGUACUGUAUAUGAGUGAUAGUCAGAAAUGUGAGUAGCUCUGAUUUGGCUAUCAUUGAUACAGUAUACGUAGCCUGCGUCUGCAAGCGGUAUAUGAAGAGAGUAAGCUCUACUGAUAGGAUAUUUCAUAAUAUCCUAUCGGUAGAGCUUUUUAACAGUUUUUAGCGACAAAGUCAAAGAUUAUUUUAUGCGUACAGCAAAACUCUUAUUUUUUUAUCUCAUUUAUAGUUAAAGUCAGCUGCAUCUGAGGGCUCGUUCAAGAAAUUUAUUUCCGACAAUGGAGACUAUGUUGCCAAUAUCGGCUAUCCAUCAAUCUAUACUGUGAAGCUCAAAGACAAAACACGUAUAGCGUGUUCUUUACUAAAAUACUUUUUACUCUAUAGGUAAAAAAUUUCAUCAGUUGCCUUUUUUACAAUUCUUACGUGCAGCAGCAUGGAACUUUCCUUGCGACCUUAUUGUUAACAAUACUAUAGUAAAAGGUUCAGUUCUCUGAAUAGUGUUUUUACUAUCUCAAAAAAUUGUAUGUUCUCCUAACAUGCAUGUAUGUUUUAUUGCCAUUUCGUUGUGGAUGCGUAUCAAGUCUACUUAGAAUAUUUCUGAGCCCUAACGGGAAUUGAACCACGUUAACCUUCUGAUAACCGGGCAGACGCUCUAACCAUUGAGCUCGAUGCUUUGCAACAACAUGCUUUGCAACAACAUGCUUUGCAACAACAUGCUUUGUAACUGAAGGCGCUGUUAUCAUGCACGAUGCAAUUUUUCGUGCAACUUGUCUCACGUCAAGUUAGUGCGUUGUCUAAUAUGCCCUACAAAGCCCGCGUCAAAUUUACAUUUAAUUAACGUUCGCUAAUAAAUAUACCUGUAUAUCCUUCAAAAAUAUAGUCUAUAAAUCAUUUUAUAGUCCUUAAGCUAAUUAAAUGCCCCCGUCCGUGUAAUUAACUCUUUAAAAAAUAACAUUGUGUAUUUGUAAUUUCAGAGUGAGUGCAGAAAUUGGCCAGUUCACACGGGGAAUCAACGACGUUGGGGGAUUAUGGAACCUGAUUAAAAGCCACUCAGGAGAAUUUGAAAGCUUAUUCACAGAGCGUCCAGUUUCGAUAACUGGCGAGGCGCUAAAAAGCCUAUUGUUUAUUGAAUGGAGUGAACUCGGAAGUAACGCGAGAAUUAAAGAAGAUGCAACAAUUUACUGUUGGGAACUGUUCGUGAAAAACGUUGAAGGUGUUUGCCGCACAAUAGUUAAUUUGUCCAAUCUCAGUCUCUAAAUAAGCAAUAGAAAAUUAUAAAAGCUCCCCAAAGGAUAACACAUGUAUUAUCCUUCCCGCCCUUUUUGUUUAUUUAGUUCCCACUCCCCAUGUCGGAGUGUUUAUGAAUACUCUGUUUAUAAUUAAUUAUAUAGUAUGAAAGAAAUUGUUACGUGAAAUAUCUGAGUUUGGUUCGGUUUAUGUUUAUAUUAAAUGACUUUUGCAUAAUGUAAAUAAUUCCAUACUGUAGGCAGCGACCAUAGUAGAUAGUGAAUUGGAAUUAAGGACUUGGAACUUUCAAUAUUUGUUAAUUAAAGUACUUUGAUGUAUGUUUUGUGUAGAGGGAAAUGUCAGUGUUGCUGUCGAAGAUGAUAUGGUGCAGGUAGAAUUGCCAAAUUUGCUUCAAUUCAUGUCUGGCGCUGAUAGCAUUCCACCAUUGGGAUUCGGAACAAACCUAACGAUCAUUUUCUAUGAUCAGGAAGAAGGGAAAACCCGACUGCCAUAUACUUCCACCUGUGCUUUGCAACUUGCACUACCCCGCGGCCAUGAAGACGAAUCUACUUUCUCGGAGUUGCUGACGAAAUCCAUCUUUGAAUCUGGCGGAUUUGAGAAACCCUAA